GAGACUCUAGGCUAGGGCUCCCGGAGGUCAAGGUCUAUGUGAUCUGCUGGGCUGUUGGCCUCCUUCACAUCCCACCUGCAGUGAAAACCCCGAUCCCCACCCAAAAUAAGGAAACCUAGCAUGUUCUUUACGCCAGUCCUCCCGGGAGGCUGCGGGCGGGGUGGAAAGCCACCUCAGAAUCAGAGCUUUGGUUUCAAAUUUGGACUCUGCCAUGGACAAGCCAUCUGUUUCUCUGAGUUCACUCAUUCACUCACUCACCCAUCCAUUCAUUCGUUCACUAAUAUAUCGGGUAUCAGUGGGUUUCUGAAAAUGAAGAUAAUGAACGAGGGCUCUUUUCCGAGUUGGAGACAAGGAGUCUACCGGGUAGGGGUUAAGGUCGCCUCAGCCCCGCCCAGGGCCCACGUGAGGGCCUGUGUUUCUCUCCAGGGAAGACAAGCUUCCUCCUUCUGUAACUACUCAGUCACUCCUGCCUCAUCGCCACCUGCACUGGAAACCCCGAACCUCUUGAAAAUUCGUCGGGACUUUCUAUUGAUGGAAGCAGAGCCGCUGUCAUCAUUUUCAGACGAAAAAGGGAAAUGUUGGAAGCUUGGCUGUUGGAUGGAUGAGGUGCCCACGCGCAACCUGGCAGUGACGACUUCUAAGGUACAACCAACAUCAGAUUCAGAAAUGGGGCUCGACGUGGUGGAAAACGAACGAAGGAUGUGGAUUAACGGCUGACAUUCCUGACUCAUUCGGGAGAGCAGAGGGCAGGCAGGGGGCUUCGUGUGGCAGCCGACAGCCACCUGGGCAGAGGGCGCCCUUGGCCCAUGGUGAAGAGGGGGCCGAGCUUUAGAAGGUUGAAGUGAGGGGGCCAAGUUCGUGCAGCUGACAGAGCCCCUCCGAGGCCCGUUCGCGGCCUGCACCCUCAGGACAUCAGUCCCACGGAGCACCUGCUGCGUUGUGUUGUGUCCAUUUCCCUCCUGACCAUGAGCCCACGUGAGCGGGGAGCCAUCAGUCCCCACGUUGAGACAGAGACUGCGGCUUUGUUUGACCCAGUCAGUCUGCUCUGGCCGCCUGCAAGCACCGCCGUUUUGGGGCUGAAGUCGAGAUCAAGGUGCCUGCAGGGUGCGUUCUUCACGAAGGUGGUGGAGUUGGGUGACACGUCUCUGAAGUUUGAGAUCUGGGACACGGCUGGCCAGGAAAAGUACCACAGCGUCUGCCACCUCUACUUCAGGGGCGCCAACGCAGCGCUGUUGGUGUACGACAUCACCAGCAAGGAUUCCUUCCGCAAGGCUCAGCAGUGGCUGAAGGACCUGGAGCGGGAGUUCCUCCCUGGAGAAGUCGUGGUGAUGCUGGUCGGCAACAAGACAGACCUCAGCGAGGAGCGGGAGGUGACCUUCGAGGAAGGCAAGGAGUUUGCAGAGAGCCAGAGCUUGCUGUUCAUGGAGACCUCGGCCAGACUCAACCACCAGGUGACCGAGGCCUUCAGCGCCAUUGCUCGAGAGCUGCUGCAGAGGGCGGAGAGGAAGGAGGACCAGACACGGCGGGGAGGUGCCCGGCUGGCCCUAAACCAGGGGCCCACGGGGCCAGCCAAGUGCUGUGCCCGCUAGAGGCAGCCACAGCCACUCCAGGAGGGUCUCGGGGAGGAGCCCCCCAGCCUGACCCAAGCGCCACGUGGAUGGUGGUACUUGACUCUGAUUCUCCAUUCGCACUGGCUAGUUCCUGGGGGUGCCCGGAAGCUGGCAUCUCUCCGAAGAACCACUUCCCAAAGCUCGUGGGAGUCAUUCAGGAGAGGACCGGUGUCCAUGGCCUCGCCACCUGCACCCAGACACAGAGUCCCAGUGCCCAGGCCGGGUGCACCUGCCCAGCCCGGCUGCUCAUCCACCCUGCUGCUCCCGCCUCCGAGGAAUGAAACGGGUCAGAGGGAACAGGGACCUGGUGUUGGGCAAGGCCCACCUGCUUCUGGGAGUGGGGACAGGACGGAGCAGGCGCAGUGGGAGGUGGCAGUGCCAGGGGAAAUGGAGUGGCGGUUUUCUAAAAAAAUUAAACUGCUUUCUAUAA